AUGGCAUCAAGGAUCCUUGAGACGGGAAGCACUCGUCUCAUUCGAGACACGGCCGUGAGCCAACUUGCCGAUUGGCAGAAACAGCACCCAGACGAGCUCUUCAAUCUUCUUUCUAGGGUUGUUCCGUAUCUUCGUCACAAAGACUGGGAGACCAGGUCAACAGCAGCCAAGGCCAUCGGCAAGAUCGUUGAAAAUGCCCCCUUUUACGAUCCCAAUGAGGACGAGGACGAUGUUCCACCACCAGCGCCCAAGGACGAUGAAAAUGGCGCGGUGAAGAAGGAGGAGGAGCAGGACUCGUCCUUCGCCGAAGACGAGCUGUUCAAGCUGGACUCACUGAACCUCGAUAACAUUCUGAACUUUGGCCGCGAACUGGUCAGAGGCGGCUCCGUUGAGUACAACCUGGCGGCGUUGGACCCCCAAUCUCGACUUGCUCACCAAAAAAAGACGUUGAACGGACGGCUCGGACUCCUAGGUCGGAGAUUUGAGGACGAAGAGAUGCCCAUCAUUAUUGAGAAGGAUCCCAGUCCAUCGACACCACACGACCACAGCAAUGGUAACGGCCUGUCACGGAGCGACAGCAAUGCUGCUGGGCAGGGCCAGUCCACAGAGGAGUCAGGCUUGAGCUCACGACAGCUCAACGUUCUGAAGCGCAAGCGGAAGCGAGAAGCCCAAAAGGCUGCCAAGGGUGGUUUUGGCGAUUUGUCCAUACGGAGGACGGCCACUGCAGGCUCUGAAGGCCUUGCAGACGAUACGCCCAUGCCCGAGGCUGAAUCAAAAAAGAGCGACUACUUCAGCUUAGAGCGACCCGCAGAUGUUGAUGAGGACACCAAGGUUGUCAGCGAGUUCAAAGGCCCCGUUCUGCCUAUCAAGUCGGAGCUAGAAGCCGAGGACACCAUGGAAGGCACAGAAUGGCCCUACGACAGGUUGUGUGACUUUCUCAAGAUUGACAUAUUCGAUCCUACCUGGGAGACACGUCAUGGAGCGGCCAUGGGCCUUCGCGAAGUCAUUCGAGUACAUGGCGCAGGUGCAGGCAGGAUGCGGGCCAAGUCGCGCCAGGAGAACGACAAACUCAACAAAGCAUGGCUCGAUGACCUCGCUUGCAGGCUGGCCUCUGUGCUGAUGCUCGACCGCUUCACAGAUUACAGCUCCGACAUGUCUGUUGCCCCAAUUCGGGAAUCUAUCGGCCAGACUAUGGGUGCCGUGCUUCGCCACGUUCCGCCAGAGUGUGUGCAUGAUAUUUACAAGGUCUUGUUCCGCAUGGUCAUGCAAACCGACCUAAGCGUCGGCAAGGUCUGGGCUGUUUGCCACGGAGGCAUGGUUGGUCUGAGAUAUGUCGUCGCAGUCAGGAAAGACUUGCUCCUCGAGGACGGCGAGAUGAUCGACGGCGUCAUAUCUGCUGUUAUGAAGGGCCUUCAGGACCAAGACGACGAUGUGCGUUCCGUCAGCGCAGCAACACUACUACCUAUGGCCCAGGAAUUCGUCACCAUGAGGCCUGCCGCCAUCGAUGGCCUCAUCAACAUUGUCUGGGGCAGCCUCCAGGAUCUAGGUGACGACCUCAGCGCCAGCACAGGCAAGAUUAUGGAUCUCCUUGCCACGCUGUGCAGCUUCCCCGAGGUGCUGCAGGCAAUGCAAACAUCCGCCGACACAGAUGAGGAACGGACUUUCAACGUUCUUGUCCCCAGACUCUAUCCUUUCCUCCGCCACACCAUUACUUCAGUUCGACUUGCUGUUCUGAAGGCUCUGAUGACCUUUAUUGGGUUGGAAAAGCAGCGUUCCAGUGGAUGGCUCGGAGAGAAGCUUCUGCGACUUAUCUUCCAGAACGUAUUGGUCGAGAGGGAUAGAGAGACUCUCAAGAUGUCCCUAGAGGUCUGGUCGUCACUCAUUACAUCUCUCGCCCAAAAUCCUACAGAACUUGCCGACGCCGCGUCAGUUGAGCCCAUGAUGCAACUGGCUCUACACCCCAUUGGCGUGUCUCGCAAUCCAAUUCCUAUGAAUGCCACGCUCUUCCAGAAACCCUCAGGUGGCACAUAUACAAAUGCCGCCAUGCCCGUGGCCCCAGUCAGGAAAGCGGCCUCGCCAGACGGAGAACGGGCAUCUAAGCGUCGGCGGAAGUCCACCAAGGUCGAUGAUGCUCCUGUUGCCACUCAUACUCACGAUGUCGACGGCCACAUGAUGCAAGGCGAUGUCGACCUUGUUGGCAUGGAUACCUUGAUCCGGUCGAGAAUGUCAGCUGCAAAGGCCAUAGGCUUACUCAUGGCGCACAUUCCUGUCGACAGGCUUGUCGAAUACGAGCAACAUAUUCUACCUGCUCUUGCUUCGCCCUUCUCGUCGACAGAGCUCACUGCAUGUGUUGUCAUUGAGGAAUACGCAAAGAACUGUGCCGGCGAGGUCUCGCCACGCUUCACCAAGCCAGUGCAGAGCAUUAUCGAAACAGAACGACCCUCCCACUAUAGGGAUCUAGUCAGCUACAUGCACCGCGUGCGGUCUCAGUGCUCACAACUGCUUAACAUGUUUAGAGACCAUGGCAAAGUAUCGAGCAGCAAGCUGCCCACCCUCGCUGUCGUCGUACAGGGCGAGGCAGAAGCCGGACCUGGCGCGUUCUCGGUCGCUGUGGCCGAGAAGGUCGUCAACGAGGACUUCGACAAACUCAAGAAGGCUAUGUCACCCGGCCAGCGUCUUGUUGCAAGUCAGAUGCUGGCUGAGUCCCGAGAUGUUACAACCACAGCCAUUACGGAUGCAAAGUCAGCAAAAGACGCCAGGGAUGUGCGUGUCAAGGCUGCCGCUGCCUGCGCACUUGUCGCCAUCAAGGCGCUGCCCAAGAAACCCAGCCCCCUCAUCAAGGGCGUCAUGGACAGCAUCAAGACUGAGGAAAACCACGAGCUUCAAAGCCGUUCUGCCAACACAAUUGCAAGACUCAUUCAGCUCUUCACCGAGAUGGGACGCAAGGGCCCUGCUGAGAAGGUCGUAUCAAAUCUCGUCAAGUUCUCUUGCGUUGAGGUUGCCGAAACUCCAGAGUUCCCCGUACAUGCAGCCAAGACGAAUUGCAUCUUGUCAAUGCAGAAGGAGGAAGAUAGGGUUGACCAUCCUGACGCUGCGAAAUGGGCCAAGGAAGCCAAGGCAGCGCGCAUCACGCGGCGCGGCGCAAAGGAGGCUCUCGAGAUCCUGUCAAGGAAUUACGGCGCCGAUCUGCUCACUACCGUGCCUGUCUUGAGGGUGUUUAUGGAGGAGCCCCUUGUCAAGGCCUUCUCGGGCGAUCUGCCCGCCGAAGCAAAGAAUGCUGAGGAGACUUUUGGCCAGGAGAUUGUGGACGCCAUGUCCCUCAUCCGAACCCUCAUGCCAACUAUGGACAAGGCGAUGCAUCCCUUUGUCAUGGACAUGGUACCCCUGGUCAUCAAGGCGCUGCAUUCCGAGCUUUCCGUCUUCCGCUACAUGGCAGCGAAGUGUAUGGCCACGAUCUGCAGCGUUAUGACGGUCGAGGGCAUGACCGCGCUUGUGGAAAAGGUCUUGCCCUCGAUCAGCAACCCUAUCGACCUCAACUUCAGACAAGGCGCGAUUGAAGCGAUCUACCACUUGAUUGCUGUCAUGGGCGAUGCUAUUCUGCCAUAUACCAUCUUCCUCAUCGUGCCCGUCCUGGGCCGCAUGAGUGAUUCGGACAAUGAGAUCCGUCUCAUCGCAACCACAUCGUUUGCUACACUCGUGAAGCUUGUGCCUCUCGAGGCUGGUAUUCCAGACCCGCCGGGGCUGUCGGAGGAGCUCCUCAAAGGACGAGAUCGAGAGCGUACGUUCAUCUCCCAACUUCUCGAUCCCAAGAAGGUGGAACCGUUCAAGAUCCCAGUUGCCAUCAGAGCUGAGCUGCGCUCUUACCAGCAAGAUGGUGUCAACUGGCUCAACUUCUUGAACAAGUAUCAUCUGCACGGUAUUCUCUGUGACGACAUGGGUCUCGGCAAAACGCUUCAAACCAUCUGCAUGGUUUCCAGCGACCAUCACCAGCGCGCUGAAGAGUUUGCGAAGACUGGCGCCCCCGAUGUUCGGCGACUCCCUUCGCUCAUCGUUUGCCCGCCUACCCUCUCGGGUCAUUGGUCGCAGGAGCUGCGGACCUACGCUCCCUUUCUGACCGUGACAGCCUACGUCGGCCCGCCUAGCGAGAGAAAGGCUCUGAAGGACUCGCUCGACAAGACGGACAUUGUGAUCACCAGCUACGAUGUGUGUCGCAACGAUGUCGACAUUUUGGCGCAGUACAACUGGAACUACAUCGUUCUUGAUGAAGGUCACCUCAUCAAGAAUCCAAAGGCCAAGAUCACCAUGGCAGUCAAGCGGUUCCCUAGCAACCACCGAUUGAUUCUGACGGGAACACCAAUUCAAAACAACGUUCUCGAGCUUUGGUCCCUGUUCGACUUCUUGAUGCCAGGUUUCUUGGGAGCGGAAAAGGUCUUCCUUGACCGGUUCGCCAAACCCAUCGCCGCGAGUCGCUUCAGUAAAGCUUCAUCGAAAGAACAGGAAGCGGGUGCCCUGGCCAUUGAGGCCCUGCACAAGCAGGUGUUGCCCUUCCUAUUGCGACGUCUUAAAGAGGAGGUGCUCAACGACCUCCCGCCCAAGAUUCUGCAAAACUACUAUUGCGACAUGAGCGAUCUGCAGAGGAAACUCUUUGACGACUUUACUCGAAAGCAAGGUAAGAAGCUCCAAGAAGAAGCUGGCAAGGACGACAAAGAAGCCAAGUCACACAUCUUCCAAGCUUUGCAAUACAUGCGCAAACUAUGCAACUCGCCAGCUUUGGUAAUGAAGCCAGGUCACAACCUCUACGACGACACGCAGCGUCUGCUGAACAAGCAGGGCACCAGCCUCGAGGACCCAGCUCAUGCACCGAAGCUGACGGCCCUACGCGACCUUCUUGUGGACUGUGGUAUUGGCGUCGAGGGAGCCGAGUCAAACGAUCCCUUGUACCAACCCAUCAAACCGCAUCGUGCACUGGUGUUCUGUCAGAUGAAGGAAAUGUUGGACAUGGUCCAGAAUACGGUUCUCAAGAGCAUGCUGCCCAGCGUGUCCUUCCUCCGACUGGAUGGUGGCGUCGAGGCCAACAAGCGACAGGCUAUUGUCAACAAGUUUAACCAAGACCCUUCGUACGACGUCCUUCUCUUGACGACGAGCGUCGGUGGCCUGGGUCUCAAUCUGACAGGCGCUGACACUGUCAUCUUCGUGGAGCAUGAUUGGAACCCUCAGAAGGAUUUGCAGGCCAUGGAUCGCGCCCACCGAAUCGGUCAGAAGAAGGUCGUCAACGUGUAUCGUCUCAUCACACGCGGCACGCUUGAGGAGAAGAUUCUGAGUCUGCAACGGUUCAAGAUUGACGUGGCGUCGACAGUCGUCAACCAGCAGAACGCAGGCCUGUCGACAAUGGACACGGAUCAGAUUCUCGAUCUGUUCAACAUGGGUGACACCGGGCCAGGUCUUAUCAGCGACAAGCCGAACCCGAUGGAAGGACGAGAAGAGGACAUGGUGGACGUCGAGACGGGUGAUGUGAUCACCAAUAAGCCGGGCGGUAAGAAGGCCUGGAUGGACGAUCUGGACGAUCUCUGGGACAACCGUCAGUACGAAGAGAGCUUCGACCUCGACGGCUUCUUGAAGACGAUGCAGUAGGACGUGGCCGACGGUACGGCGAGGGACACCAGCCUUGCCGGG